UGCAUAGCAGUGGAGGAGACCAACCAGUCAGAGACAGGAGUGUUUCCUUUGGCAAGAGUGCAAGAUAGAGAAGAAACAUCGUUUUCUGCGCUUGAGGUCAAACAGCAAGUAGAGCAUUUGGAGUCUGAGCUCACAAAGAAGAGGAAGCAAUGUGAACAUCUGGAGCAUGAAGUAAAGAAGAAGCACAAGAGAUGUGCAGAGCUCGAGAUCGAACUGCAAGAAGUGCGGAGUGAUAAUGCCCGACUGUCUGAGGAAAACGCUGCAUUACAGGGGCAAGUCGAGUGGACAGAGAAGGUUGAAUCUGAAAAUGCUGACUUAAGGCUGCAGGUGACUGUAGUGACUGAGGAACGGGAUUCUGCUCUUCAGAAAACCCAGGAACUCCAGGACAGGCUGGAGAGUCUCGGGGAGGCACUUAAGCACAUGAGAGAUGUUGCAGAACGAAGGCAACAACUGGAGCAUCAGCACGAGAAGGCCUUGCAGGCCUUGCAAAAGAAACAAGAUGAAGUCAGACAGCUCCAGCAGGCUCAGGCUGAAGCUAGGAAGGAACAUGAAGGAGCAGUGCAGCUUUUAGAGAAUACCUUGGAUUCUAUGCAGGCUCGUGUGAGAGAGUUGGAGAACCAGUGUCGCAGCCACACAGAACAAUUUAACUUCCUCUCUCAGGAGCUCAAUCGAUUUCGCCUCCAAACCGGGAAAAUAGGUCUUCCAUCCUCGUCCUCCUUCUGUUCCUCUCUGGUGACUUCAGAGGUUGCCUUUGCUACUUGCCAGAGUUCUCAACGGCUCCCAGAUGGCCUCAGGCAGAAAGAUCCAGAAAUUGUCCCUGUAUCUCCUCGGAGCAGUAGAAAAGUUCAAGAUGAAGAGGUGGAAAGAUUCUCCCCAAUGGCCCUUCGGCUCACGGAUCCUGUGGUGUCUCCUGUGGCCCGUAGUCCUGAUACAAGCAGUCCUCCAGUUGCCUCAAAAAAAGCAAUCAAGAAGUUGGAAGCCCAGUCCAGCUCCUCAAGAUCCGAGUCCAUGCACAACAGUCCCAAAUCCUGCCCCACUCCAGAGGUGGAUACAGCCAGUGAAAUGGAAGAACUGGACACUGACAGCAUCUCAUUGGUACCAGAGCAGGAGAACCAUGAUCCAGUGAAACUUCAGGUCUUCUUGGCUCGAUAUAGCUAUAAUCCUUUUGAUGGCCCCAAUGAGAAUCCUGAGGCUGAACUCCCACUUACAGCUGGCGAGUAUAUUUAUGUCUAUGGAGAAAUGGAUGAAGAUGGCUUUUUUGAAGGAGAGCUGAUGGAUGGCCGGAGAGGCCUUGUCCCCUCCAACUUUGUGGAGCGACUGGCAGAUGAUGACCUGGUUACUUUCUUGCCUCAGGAAGUCCAUGAUCUCUCCCAAAGCUCACCUCUUGAGCGGAGUUUUCUCAGCACGAGCAUCAGCAGUGGAGAAAGAAGUGACUAUUCAUUGGAGGAGCUCAACGCCAGCACAGCUCCCUCUAGGCUAGAAGGGGACCAGGGAGAGGGAGGUGUUUCCAUUGCAGUGCCUUAUCCCAGAAAGGUGACUCUAAUCAAACAGUUUGGCUCUAGCCUCUUGGUGACAUGGGAUCCACCACUGGUGCCUAGUGGCAGCUGCUUGGAUGUCCAAAGCUACAAUGUCUACGUGGACACUGAACUCCAGGAAAAUGUGAAGGCCAGUCCCCAGAUGAAGGCCAUGAUUGAGAAACUGGACUUGAAAACAAAAGCCUAUCGCGUCUCCAUACAAAGCGUUUCAGAGAAAGGGAGCUCAGACAGACUGCAAUGCACAUUCCUGGUGGGGUGUGGUUUUGUCUUAGCUCCAAGUCAGCUCCAAGUGCGGAGUGUCAAGGCCACCUCCGUGGAACUCUACUGGAUGCCAAGCAACAGCAAUUUCACACAUACUAUAUACCUCAAUGGGGAAGCAUGUGAUGUAGUGAAGGCUGGCAUAUAUUGGUACACUUUCCGCAACCUGAACCCAAACACUUCCUACGUUGCCACAGUCGAAGUCCAGCCUCAACAGACGUUUUGGAAACCAUUCCCAGAGAUGGAAGAACAGCUGUUGUCCACAGAGAUCCAAUUCACCACAUCUUCAGCAGGGUCUCCAGAUGCUCCGCUAGAUGUCCGAGUGGACCCUGGCCCCACACCUGGUAUUCUGGUCAUCAGCUGGCUGCCGGUCACCAUUGAUGCUGAAGGAUCAUCCAAUGGAGUGCGUGUCACUGGCUAUGCGGUGUAUGCUGACAGACAAAAGGUAAUGGAAGUUACCUCCCCAACGGCUGGUAGUGUCUUGAUUGAGGUUUCCCAGCUGCAGAUCCUCCAUCUGUGUCGGGAAGUAUCUGUAAGAACUGUGUCUCUUUAUGGAGAAUCAGUGGAUUCCAUGCCAGCUCAGAUACCCUCGGUGUUGUUGGAAGAAGUGGGCCUUUCUUCUGCAUCUCAGUUUAACUGUCUCCCUUCCAGGCUUCUGGGUGGGGAAGCACGGACUCUUGUCACACAAACCUCUCAGAUACUAGGGAAAGAACUGCCUUCUGUCACUAAGAAUUCAGUUGCCAAACUCACCUCCCAGCCCACCAUCAGCAGUGAAAAAUCUGGGGACCAUCUGCAUUCAGAGACAUCCUCAAAUGUCAGGGCUCCCUUAACACCAAUGUUGCAGGCUGUGUCACCAGAACUGGGAACUCUCCCAAGAGAAGAAGGGAAUUAUCUCCUGCCCCCUGGAGGCGGUGUGGUGAAUGAAGAUCUGGCUGGGCUCAGGAAGGCUGCUUCGGAGGAAUCUGGAGAAGACAACCAGGCAAAUGAGCCCCUGCUCACAGUUACAGAACAAGAGCCACAUAUUCCAGACAAUAGUACUAGUAGCCUGGAGACCUGUGAAAUUUGCUCUGCAGAACAGGGGUCAAAUGCACCCGCAGAAAGAGAGCUAGAUAACAAUCAAAGCUCUCUGGGACCAAAGAUGCCACCUAUGGACAGACCUUCCAUGCAAGAAGAAGACAGUACCAGGGAGAUGGGCCAAAAUGAAGGACAAACCCCAGAAUCUGUAGUGGGGUCUUCUGGGAGGAUGAAGCUGCUGAAAGAAGUCUCCAGAGAUGACUCCUCUCAGCUGGUGCCCAGGAUCAGAAGAGAGCAAGGAGAGAAAAGGUCAGAUCCAGGAAAUCGUCCACUGAAUCUUCUAACUGACCACCAUCGUGGUUCUGACCUUUCUGAUAUUACGGAGGAAGAGGAGGAAGAGGAGGGGGAGUUGAAAUGGAAUCCAAGUGAAUACUGCAGCAGAGAAAAUGGAGACAAGUUGGAUCUUGGUGAUACUGACAGUGAUGAAGAGAUCUUGGAACGAAUUCUGGAAAUGCCAUUGCAAAAAAAUUGCAGCAAGGCUCUGUUUAGUAUUCCUGAAGUGACUGAGGAGGAGGAGGAGGAGGAGCAGGAAGAAGACGAAGAAGGCUGGGACCCUGUCCUAAACCAACCUAUUUCCACCCCUCUGGAAAAGGAGGCUGUGGAGAGCUUCCAGGGUAGGCUUCCUAACCAUACCAGAAGAAUACAAGGUCCACUCUGUGCUCGGUCUAAAAGGAACCACAAUCUUUCAGAGCUGAUCUUACCUGAAAAGAGCAUUCUACAGAAGUUCAGAGGAGAGUGUGUGAAUGAAAUAUCCACUUGCUCUGGAAGAUGGGAUGGUGAAGAAAUGACCUAUCAGUGGGAUGAUCUUAAGAAACCAUCAAGGUCUCCUCUUCUGGAAUGGAGAAGAUCCAGUCAUUGCAAGGAGAAGACCCGUGUCCAACCCCAGGGACAUAGGAAGCGAAAAGCAGACAUCCGAGAGUGCAGUGUUUCUAUGCGGAGCAAUUCCUACUACACUGGAGGUGGUCUUUACAGAGCACAGAGCCUCACAGAGAAUUUGGAUGUGAUCACCAGCCUUGGGAUGGAGGAUGACUUGAAGCUGUGCAGCUGGGCAAGACAAAGGCCUGAUCAAAUUUCUUCAAGGAGAAUGAUGCCCCAAGAGAGAAAAGAGAAAGCUGUCCAAGGCCUCCCCCACUGCCUCAGUCCAGAGAGUUUGGAGAUUGACAUUGAGUAUGAUUCAAAUGAGGAAGAGGAUUUAACCAUCACUUCUACUCCAGUGAGCCAGUUGAGUUCAGAUGGGAGGGCUGAUGGAUCUCCAACAGAUUGUGAGGAGGAAUGGAGUGACUGCUCUAGCCAAUCAGGGUCAGUCCAAUCCAAUGGGCAAAGAGAACUGAAGCGAUCCAGCAGUUGGGAGGGAGAGAGCACGGAUUGGAGCACAUCCCCCGGCCAUUCACCUGGGCAUUGUGGUUGGAGGAAGAGGGCCAAUGGUGCCUCAGAAGAAUGGAACAGGACUUGCGAGAGAAGUCCCUCUGUCUUGGGAGCCAGGCCAGAGCAGACUUGGAAGGAGGGCCCACUUGUGCAAACAUGGGUCUGUGAGACGCUUCCUUCACCAGCUGGCAUUGUUACAGCAGCUUGCCACAAUUCUGACUGUGCUUUUGACCCUUUGCUCCCAUGCUUGCUUGCAUUCUGCUUAUUGUGUAGUCCUGGGUUGUUGGACUCGACAUCUUAUCAGUCCCCCGUCCAAAGAGGCAGAAGGUCUCCAAGAAAAAGCCAAGAAGGGUCAGCAUCUCUCAGUGGAAAUAUUGGAACUUGGAGGAGCCCCUCCCUUGAAUUGGCAGAUGACGGGGCCUCAGCACGACUGUUUGUGGCUCUUUUUGACUAUGACCCUGUUUCAAUGUCCCCUAAUCGGGAUGCUGCUGAAGAGGAGCUCCCAUUUCAAGAGGGCCAGAUUCUGAAGGUCUAUGGCCACAAAGAUGCAGAUGGUUUUUACAGGGGGGAAUGUGCAGGAAGAACAGGGUUCAUACCAUGCAACAUGGUGUCUGAGGUCCAGGUGGACAGUGGCAGCGCAAGAAAACAGUUGUUAGAAGAAGGCCAGAUUCCUACUGACAUGCUGAUGGAAAGUCUAGGAAAUGGUGCAUUUUCUCCACCUCCACAGCGCCCAUCAAAUCGUCCUUCAAAGCCUCGACGGUCUAAGAAAGCGGAGGCACUCAGGAUGGAAGAACAGGUUCCUGAUUUAGAAGCACCUGGAAAGCAAAAUCCAAGUUCUGAGGACCCUGGAAGAACAAUGGUAGCCAUCUUUGACUACAACCCCCAAGAGAAUUCUCCCAAUCCAGACACCGAGGCUGAGCUCAGAUUUUGUGCUGGGGACAUUGUGACUGUGCUCAGUUCCAUGGAUGAUGAUGGGUUCUAUUAUGGGGAGGUAAAUGGACAGAAGGGUCUUGUUCCAUCUAAUUUCCUGGAAGCUUUGCCGUCAGAUGGAGCACUGCCAAGUGAGCCAAGCCUUGGAAGGCAGCGAGUGAGAAAAAGAAGAAUCCAGUAA